AUGGAUCCAGUAGCAAAAAAAAAAUAUUGCAGAUUUAAUUACACUGAAAAUGAUUUGUUGGUAGCUAUAAAUGCAGUGAAUAGUAAAGAUUUGUCUUUAAAUAAAGCAUCUCAAUUGUAUAAUAUUCCCAAGAGUACCCUGAGUAACAAAAUAAAUAAAAAAGUACCUUUAAGUCGUCAAUUAGGGCCAAAAACCGUUUUAACUUGCGAAGAAGAGACUAGAAUAGUAAACUGGAUAGUUAGCACUGCUAAAGUUGGAUUUCCGGUUCAUCCAGAGGAAGUAAAGGAUUCUGUUCAACUUGUUUUAAAUGCAUGUAAAAGACCUAAUCCCUUUACAAAUAAUCGUCUUGGCUCUAAAUGGUUUGAGCUGUUUUUGAAAAGACAUAGUGAAAUAACCAAACGAAAUACCGAAAUUAUAUCGAAAGCUCGUGCUGCAGUCACCGAAGAAAAGAUAAGGGAAUGGUUUUGUGAGGUCCAAAAGUUUAUAACUGAACAAAAUUGUACGGAUAUAUUUGAUGACCCUGCUAGAAUUUUCAAUUGUGACGAAACAGGCAUGCAAACAUGUCCUGUUAGUGGUAAACUUCUCUGUCCUAAAAAAAUGCCAGAUUUUUACGAAAUAUGUGGAGGUUCAGAAAAAGAAUGUAUAACAGUAUUAUGCACUUUUUCCGCAGAUGGCUAUAAAUUUCCACCAAUGAUAAUGUUCCCCUAUAAAAGGAUACCAAAACUAAUUGCAAGUACAUUACCCGAAAACUAUGUCAUAGGUCGUUCUGAUAGCGAGGUCUGCAGUAAUAAUAGUGAACACGAUAGCUUAAAUAGCAAUGAACAACCAGUAUCAUCUUCAUCUUGGGUACCGACAAAGUCUGAUUUUAUCACCACAAAAAAAACUUUACUCUAUUUAUUAGAAGCAAACAUGGGUAAAAAUAAUUUGGAAAAAAAGCCAAAUUAUUUAGAACAACUUUUAAAUAUGUGUGAUGAAAGAAUAGGAAUGAUUGAAUACAUUCCAAUUGAAAUUGAUGGUAUAUUAUACAACACUAGCGAUAUUGAUCCAUUGAAUAUAACCCCAGAAACACAAGUUACAUAUUCAACCGACAAAAAUGUGACAAAUGAACUAGAUCUACAGGAAACCAAUGGAAAUUGCUAUAAGGAGGUUCCAAAAACCAAAAGAUGGGUUAUAGGGAGUUUUACGGAUACAAAUGAGUUCAGUGUUGUACCAACAAAUUGGUUGAUUAGGACAUCAAGUCCAGAUGGCCGGACUAUUAUUUAUUGUAAAUGGCCACCACCACCGACUACUGUUACUAGUGACAUCAUUAAUAUAGCAAGUGAACCUCAGAUUGAUUGGCCAAGCUAUAAGAUUCGGUUGGCAAAUAAUGGUAAAGAAUUUACUAAUUUCAAGAAAGCAUGGCAUUACAAAUUUGUUUUGAGCUCAGACUCAUCUGCGAACGAAGUCGAUGAAUUAAAAAAUAAAAAGCCAUGUAGCCAUGCUCAAAAAUCUCAUUUUAAUAAGGACUCAAAUUCUUCUGAAUCUGAAGAAGAAGUAUAUAAUAUAUUGGAGCUGAAGGGUGUAGAGAAGAAUACACACAAAAUAUUAUCUACUGCUAAUUCCAAUCAGCAAAUGAAUUCCAGUCAGAUACCAAGUAUUAAAACUAAUAGUAUCCUGGAAGUUCCAGAGACCGUGGAAGAUUAUGGCUUUAAUCAGUAUGACAUGCCAUAUCCAUAUGUACUAAAUAAUAGUCUACUAGAAACCACUGAUUCACAAGCCUCUGACAAGCAAAUGUCUAAAACAUGUAUGGACCCUCAACAUACAGAUAUACUAGAAAAACUAAAUCAAGGAAUCAUUGAAAAUAAUUUUAUGUUAAAACGUCUAUUGGCAAAAAUUGAAAUAAUGGAAACCAAUCAAAAAGUAAACUCUACUGGAGGAGAUAUGUAUUUGGAUCCAGAAUUUAUUGCACAAUUUCAUAUUAAAAAUGGUGAUGGUUACAAAUUAGUAGAGGAUCAUAUAAUAAACGAAAUAGAAUAUACUCAAAAAUUGAAAAGUUUUAUAAAAACAAUCGGUGGGACCAAUUUUAAAAACAAUGUCAUUAGAGUUUUGUCAAAACUCAUCACAAACCAAUAUGCGAUAAAAUGUUCCUGGACUGGUCGUGGCAAAAAUAUUGAUACCAGAAUAGGAGAUUCUGGUUUAAUGAAUUCAAUUAAAAAUGUUAUUAAAGAACAUUAUUCCAAUACCUACACUGAUUCGGAAUUCGAAAAAAUAGUGGCUGACUGGUUACGCCAUGCUAACACAAGAUUUUCUAGAUCAAAAUAGUAAAAUAUUUUAACUAUUCCCAGUUGUAAUGUUUUUUUUUAUUUAUAUACAAUUCUGUAAGGCCAGAUUACUAUGUACAAGUUUUUUUUUUAUUAUGAUUUUUAUAUUGAAGUACAUAACUAUUUACUUUAUCAUUACCUAAUAAAAUU